CUUCUCAUUCAGUUUGAUAUUUUGAACUAGUACUUUCUGAGGAUCAUGGCAAGAGCAAACAUGUUAAUGCUAAGGCAAGCCGUGCAAGUUGAGCGUGGCUUCAGCAAGCACGCAGGAGUUGAUCAUCAUGCGCAGAAAAAGCCAAGAAACCCAAGCGGCCGUGGGGAGAAGAUGAGCGAGUCGCCGCCAUGCUGGGUUCCGCAUCCAAGGAGCGGCGUAUACUUUCCAAAAGGCCAUGAGCAUGUGAUAGACGACCUUCCGGCGCAUGCAGCUUCUUUAAAUCAAACUUUCUGGCUGAGGAACGUUGAUGGUGUGGACAAAGCAGACCCAGAUUCUCCACCAUAUCAUUAAUUCCUUUCAUUCUAGCGUCUAAUUAUUUGCUCAUCAAAAGCAAAGAAUUAGUCAAUGCUUUGCUCUAAAUAAACUCCAAUAGGAUGAGCAAAUUAUUUGUGUGAAAUAUUGUCAAAC